AUGAGUGACCAAACAGCCGAAAACACGAGGACAACUAGUUCAGAGGCUGCUCUUCUCUACACUCUGCUGGCCUCCGUCUCUCUGCUCACCGUGACACUCAACCUGCUCGUCAUCAUCUCCAUCUCUCACUUCAGGCAGCUCCACACCCCGACCAACUCCCUGCUCCUGUCUCUGGCCGUGUCCGACCUGGUGGUGGGGCUGCUGGCGAUGCCCAUCGAGGGCCUGCGUCACAUGGAGACAUGUUGGCUGCUGGGGAGGCUGAUGUGCGCUCUGACUCCUUAUCUGUCCUACUGUCUGCUCUCUGCCUCUUUGGGCAACAUGGUGCUCAUAUCGAUAGACCGCUACCUGGCCAUCUGUGACCCACUGCUCUAUUCUUCUAAGAUCACACUGAACAGGGUUAAAAUCUUAAUCAGUCUGUCCUGGGCCUGCUCUCUUCUCUAUAACGGUUUCAUCUUGAUGGGACACUUAGCGUGGCCGGACAGAUACAACUCCUGCCACGGGGAGUGUGUUGUGGUCAUUAACCACAUCUCAGGCACAUUAGAUCUCUUCUUCUCCUUCAUCGGGCCCUGCACUGUCAUGGUGGGUCUGUAUAUGAGGGUGUUUGUGGUUGCCGUCUCUCAGGUGCGUGUCAUUCGGCUGCAGAUAGUCACCAGCACUUUCACUGCGGCUCCCACUGCUAAAAAGUCAGAGAGGAAGGCAGCCAGGACUCUGGGCAUUGUGAUAGCUGUGUUUCUAAUGUGCUUCUGCCCGUAUUACUAUCCCGCCCUGGCAGGUGAGGACACCUCCAGCAGCUUGUCCUACUAUGCCAUGUUGUCUUGGAUCAUGCUGAUCAACUCCUGUGUAAAUCCUCUAAUUUACGCCCUGUUCUACCCCUGGUUUAGAAAAGCUAUCAAACUCAUUUUCACCCUCAGAAUACUGCAGGCUCACUCGCGGGAGGUCAAUGUACUGUAA